GAUGGAUCUGAGGAAUGGGGAUACGUCCGAGUCCGAGCCAAAGCUCAUAUGUUCUGGUGGCUUUACAGAAGUCCGUACAGAGUUCAGGAUCCGUCGAAGCCAUGGCCAAUCAUUCUCUGGUUGCAGGGUGGCCCCGGCGCUUCAGGAGUUGGAAUUGGGAAUUUUAAUGAAGUGGGCCCACUGGACUCCUCACUCAAGCCCAGAAACUCAACUUGGCUGCACAAAGCUGACCUUUUAUUUGUGGAUAAUCCUGUGGGGACGGGGUACAGUUUCGUGGAGGACACGAGAUUGCUUGUGAAAUCGGAUUUAGAAGCCGCGAUUGAUUUGACGACGCUGCUGCAGAGCAUUUUCAACAGAGAUGAGAGGCUUCAGAAGAGUCCRCUUUACAUCGUGGCGGAAUCGUACGGUGGAAAAUAUGCCGUCACGCUUGGACUGUCGGUCGUCAAAGCCAUUGAAGCUGGGAGGUUGAAGCUUACACUUGGAGGGGUGGCUUUGGGUGAUAGUUGGAUCUCCCCUCAAGACUACACGUUCUCAUGGGGUCCUCUUCUGAAAGAUCUGUCGAGACUUGACGACAAUGGGCUGCAGAGAUCAAACAGUAUUGCCCAGAGGAUUGAGGAGCAGAUUCAGAGGGGUGAAUUCGCGGCAGCCACGUCGUCGUGGAGUGAACUGGAAGAUGUGAUUAGCUCCAGCAGUAAUGGUGUGGAUUUCUACAAUUUUUUGCUGGACUCGGGAGAGGAUUCAGCAUCGUCGGUAACAGCCAUGGAUAUAUCAAACGGCGUCGCUUCGAUGAAAAGAUAUUCAAGAUACCUCAGUUCAUUGAGGCCCACGCUGGGAGGAGACGGUGUAAACUUAUAUGUUUUGAUGAACGGUGAUAUAAGGAAGAAGCUAAAAAUCAUCCCAGAUAAUGUGACAUGGGGAGGGCAGUCGGAAUACGUUUUCCAAAGUCUUCAAGAAGACUUCAUGAAGCCGAGGAUUAAUGAGGUCGAUGAGUUGCUUGGUAAAGGAGUGGAGGUGACAAUAUACAAUGGCCAGGUGGACCUCAUAUGCUCAACCAAGGGAACUGAAGCAUGGGUUCAUAAGCUCAAGUGGGAUGGGCUCCAAGCUUUUAUGAGGACAGGGAGAACCCCUCUUUACUGUGGAAAUGACAGAGAUAAAACCAAAGGAUUUACAAAGUCUUACAAAAAUCUUCACUUCUAUUGGAUUCUUGGAGCUGGCCACUUCGUGCCGGUUGACCAGCCGUGCGUAGCGUUGGAUAUGGUGGGAGCGAUCACGCGGUCACCGGCUGCAAKUGAAUACAAGUGAAUGAAUUAGCAGCAGACGCGUGGCAAAUAGUAGCAUGCCUUUCGGUUCUUAUUUAUUUACCAUUUAAAUUACAUCAACUGCAGUACAGUCAAAAUAAUUGAGCUAGCAAUUUACGUCUUCCUUCUUUUUUGAAGGAACAGUUUAAUUUCAAUCUGUAUACAAAUUUCAAUAACAUUUCUAGAAAUUAUUGCAAAUAAUAGAAUAUUUAGAUCCAUUUGAAAA